AUGGAGUUUGACCAUCGCGUGGAAAUGGACCUAUCAGUGCCUGCUGACGUGGCGUGGCAGCUGUGGGUGGAUCUGGAGCAGGCACCCAAGUGGAUGAAAUGGAUUCAACGGGUGGAUCUGCUGCCUGCGAGUCACCUGGAGCACUCAGCAGCAGCGCACAGCUCCAGCAAUGAUCUCCUCUCCUCACGAACAGCAUCAGCCGCAGCAGAAGCUGCGGAAGGAGCAGAAGGAGCGGAAGGAGCGGAAGCAGCAGAAGCAGCAGAAGGAGCGGAAGGAGCGGAAGCAGCGGAAGCAGCGGAAGCAGGAGAGGUGGGGGGGGAUCUGCAGCACCGCAUUCAGCUCUCCAGAUGGACCUGCUGCACCACUGGCUUCGAGGUCUCCUGGACGGCCCGUGUGAUGCGGCUAAGUGAAUCGCCACCCGACCGCGUGCUGACGUGGCAGACAGUGGAGGGCAUUCCGUGCCGCGGGCAGGUCACCAUCCGAGAUGCUGCCAGCUCAGCACAGGAGGGGGAGGGGCCCAGCAGCAGUGCUGUCACUUCAAAUGUCUUGUGA